CACACGCUCACACACACUCAUUAAGGAAGUGUCUCCUGUCAGAGAGAGCAGCUGGAGCAGCAGUCAGCCGCACGGACGGAGAAACGGUCAACGGCGCCAGCAUGAACGGAAACUCGGCAACGCUGCACACGGACGGAAUCCCUGAGGACACCCUCAAGAAGGUGCAGCCCGUCCUGCAGCCUCUCCGUCUCUCCCUGGACAAACUGAGGGACGUUUCCUCUCGUCUCCACAAAGGCCUGGUCCAAGGUCUAGGGAAACACUCUCACCACAGAGCUGCAGUCAAGAUGCUGCCGACGUUCGUCAGAGCGACACCUGAUGGAACAGAGAAAGGUGACUUCCUGGCCUUGGACCUGGGGGGGACAAACUUCCGUGUUCUUCACGUGCGGGUGCUGCAGGCGGAGCAGAAGGUGGUGAAGAUGGACAGUCAGAUCUGUGUGGUCCCCAAAGACAUGAUGACGGGAGCAGGAGAACAGCUGUUUGACCACAUCGCUUCAUGUCUCGGUGACUUCAUCGCGUCUCAGGAGCUCAAGGGACAAACUCUUCCUCUCGGUUUUACUUUCUCUUUUCCUUGUGAACAGAAGGAGAUCGACAAGAGCAUCCUGAUCCGCUGGACCAAAGGCUUUAACUGUCCAGGUGUGGAGGGAAGAGACGUGGUGACGCUGCUGAGAGACGCUGUUCGCAGGAGAGGGGACUAUGACAUUGGUUCUGUUGCCAUGGUGAACGACACAGUGGGGACAAUGAUGAGCUGUGGAUACAAAGACCAGAGCUGUGAGAUCGGCAUGAUUAUUGGUACAGGAACAAACGCUUGUUACAUGGAAGAGAUGAAGAACGUAAAGCGUGUGGAGGGAGAAGAUGGACGUAUGUGCAUCAACACUGAGUGGGGGGGGUUUGGAGACGAUGGUUCUCUGAGAGACAUUCAGACUGAGUUUGACCAGAUGGUGGACAAGACCUCCAUCAACCCUGGAGUCCACAUCUUCGAGAAGAUGAUCAGUGGCAUGUAUCUGGGAGAAAUAGUUCGUCUGCUGCUGCUCCGUCUGUCAGAGGAGAAGUUACUCUUUAAAGGACAGAAGUCUGAGGUUCUUCAAACCCCAGAGAUCUUUCAGACCAAGUUCAUCUCUGAAAUUGAAGAGGAGGACACUGGUCUGGACAACGCCCGGCGCAUCCUGACCCAGUUGGACCUGCAGUGGGAUGAAGCGGACGUCCGUGUGGUGCGUUUGGUUUGUGACACCGUGUCUUCUCGAUCCGCUCGUCUCUGUGCUGCCGCUCUGGCAACGAUCGCCAACAAGAUGCGCCUGAACCGUGGUCUGGAUCGUCUGCAGACCACCGUGGGGGUGGACGGCACCGUGUACAGGAAACACCCAAAUUUCAGUGAGGAACUGCAGCUGACCGUGCGUCUCCUGGCUCCUGAAUGCAGCAUCACCUUCCUGGUGUCUGAGGACGGCAGUGGGAAGGGCGCUGCCAUGGUAACGGCUGUGGCUCAGCGGUUGGCUCUCCAGUCCCGGCUGUUAGAUGACAGUGAGGAGGACGAGGAGGAGGAGGAAGAGGACGAGGAGACAUCCUGAGUGGACAAGAUAAUCUAAACGUUUUACUACAGUUUCCCCACAGGUGGCGUACUAGUUACACAUCCUUGUUAAAAUAACUAACCUGCUGAAUUAAAAAGUUAAACAAUGAAACUA